AUGGAGUCGUCGUGGUCGUGGUCGCGCUCGAUCACCGAGACUGUGAACGGGUCCCACCAAUUCACCAUCAAGGGUUACUCCUUGGCGAAAGGGAUGGGUCCGGGCAGGCACAUUAUGAGCGGCACCUUCAACGUCGGUGGUUAUGAUUGGGCCAUAUACUUCUACCCUGAUGGCAAGAACCCUGACGACAAUUCCACGUACGUUUCGGUCUUCAUUGCACUGGCCAGCGAGGGAACCGAUGUCAGGGCGUUGUUCAAGCUCACGCUGCUCGAUCAAACCCAGAACGGCAACCAUAAAGUGCACAGUCAUUUCGAUCGCCCACUAGAGAGGGGCCCUUACACCAUCAAGUACAGAGGCAGCAUGUGGGGUUACAAGCGAUUCUUUAAAAGAGCGUUACUGGAAACAUCAGAAUAUCUGAAAGACGAUUGCCUUAUCAUGCAAUGCACUGUAGGUGUUGUGAAAACCCGUCUUGAGGGUUUUAAACCGGGGCUCAUUGUGCCAGAUUCAGACAUGGGCCGAGACUUUAAGGACUUGUUGGAAUCCGAAAUUGGUUUUGACAUAGUUUUCAAGGUCAAGAGUGAAAGCUUCAAAGCUCAUAAGUUGAUACUUGCUGCCCGUUCUCCUGUCUUCAGAGAGCAGUUUUCUGGAGGAGUUGGGGAUCCUAGCAUAGAUGAAAUAGUGGUUGAUGAUAUUGAGCCUUUUGUCUUCAAGGCAAUGCUUCUCUUCAUUUACACAGACAAACUUCCUGAGAUGUCCGAUAUUAUGGGCUCAAUAAAUAUGUGCUCGUGUACUGUCAUGGUGCAGAAUCUGUUAGCUGCUGCUGAUCUCUAUAAUCUUGAUCGUCUAAAACUACUGUGUGAAUCAAAAUUGAGUGAAAAAAUCAACACUGACACUGUUGCCACAACACUUGCCCUGGCUGAGAAACAUCAUUGUCCGCAGCUUAAGGCCAUCUGUUUAAAAUUUAUUGCAAAUCCAGUAAACAUAGGAGUGGUAAUGCUGUCGGAAGCUUUUGAACAUUUGAAAGAAGGUUACCCUAAGAUGCUGUCGGAAUUGCUCAAGACAUUUGCAUCAUUAGAUGAUAAUUCAAGCCAACCAUCAAGCAGGAAAAGAAGUGGCAGCAGAAUACACCGGCAAGAUUUAGUGGAUGGUGCUGCUGCUGAAUCUGUUAAUCCAAAUGGCAGGUCUCUCAGGAGGCGUACAUGGUGAUAGAGUAAAAACCCUG